AUUCCGGAAGGUGCUGCCCAGUUGAGGCGGCGGUUUCUGCGUUGGUGGUUAGUGUUUCUUCGCUGCCGGAGGCUUGGGGUACACGGCAGCAUCAUGGUGGAGGAAGUACAGAAACAUUCUGUGCACACACUUGUGUUCAGAUCAUUGAAGAGGACUCAUGACAUGUUUGUAGCUGAUAAUGGAAAACCUGUGCCUUUGGAUGAAGAGAGUCACAAACGAAAAAUGGCAGUCAAGCUUCGUAAUGAGUAUGGCCCUGUGUUGCAUAUGCCUACUUCGAAAGAGAAUUUUAAAGAGAAGGGUCCUCAGAAUGGAGCAGAUUCAUAUGGUCAUAAACAGUAUCCUGCCAAUCAAGGACAAGAAGUUGAAUAUUUAGUGACAGGUACACAUCCAUAUCCACCAGGACCUGGGGUUGCUCUGACAGCAGAUACUAAGGUCCAAAGAAUGCCAAGUGAAUCAGCCGCGCAGUCCUUAACAGUGGCAUUACCUUCUUCUCAGGCCAGGGUUGAUGCAAAUCGUACUGUACCUGGUGGAAAUGAAUAUCGACAUCCUGGGGCUUCUGACCGUUCACAGCCUACAGUGAUGAAUUCAAUUGUUAUGGAGACUGGCAAUACAAAGAACUCUGCACUGAUAGCUAAAAAAGCGCCUACGAUGCCGAAACCCCAGUGGCACCCACCAUGGAAACUCUACAGGGUUAUCAGUGGACAUCUUGGCUGGGUUCGAUGUAUUGCUGUGGAACCUGGAAACCAGUGGUUUGUUACUGGAUCUGCUGAUAGAACUAUAAAGAUCUGGGACUUGGCUAGUGGAAAACUAAAACUGUCGUUGACUGGGCAUAUCAGUACAGUGCGGGGCGUGAUAGUGAGCGCAAGAAGCCCAUACCUGUUCUCUUGUGGAGAAGACAAACAAGUAAAAUGCUGGGAUCUUGAGUAUAAUAAGGUUAUAAGGCACUAUCAUGGACAUCUUAGCGCAGUGUAUGGUUUGGAUUUGCACCCAACAAUUGAUGUGCUGGUAACCUGUAGUAGAGAUUCAACUGCACGGAUUUGGGAUGUGAGAACUAAAGCCAGUGUACAUACAUUAUCUGGACAUACAAAUGCCGUUGCUACAGUGAGGUGUCAAGCUGCAGAACCACAAAUUAUUACUGGAAGCCAUGACACUACAAUACGAUUAUGGGAUCUGGUGGCUGGAAAAACAAGAGUGACAUUAACAAAUCAUAAAAAAUCAGUCAGGGCUGUGGUUUUACAUCCAAGACAUUACACGUUUGCAUCUGGUUCUCCGGAUAACAUAAAGCAAUGGAAAUUCCCUGAUGGAAGUUUCAUUCAAAAUCUUUCCGGUCAUAAUGCUAUUAUUAACACAUUGACAGUAAAUUCUGAUGGAGUGCUUGUAUCUGGAGCUGACAAUGGCACUAUGCAUCUUUGGGACUGGAGAACUGGCUACAAUUUUCAGAGAGUUCAUGCAGCUGUGCAACCUGGGUCUUUGGACAGUGAAUCAGGAAUAUUUGCUUGUGCUUUUGAUCAGUCUGAAAGUCGAUUACUAACAGCUGAAGCUGAUAAAACCAUUAAAGUGUACAGAGAGGAUGAUACAGCGACAGAAGAAACUCAUCCUGUCAGCUGGAAACCAGAAAUUAUCAAGAGAAAGAGAUUUUAAUGUGGCAUUGUCUUCGUGGUGGUUCUUUUUUUUUUUUUUAAAGCUUGGCGUUGGUGAGGAUAUCCAGUCAUUUUGUGCUCUGGCUGGGAAUAUAAAGCAGAAACUCACUUGCUUGAAUCAUUGAGGCUUCAUAUUUUACAUAAACUGUCCCCUGUCCCCUUCCCCUUGUCUUUUUAUUUCUAAAAUAAACAAUUUGUGAUCCUAGGAAGAUGCAGAAAUCAAGCAUAUGUAGGUUUAUUGAACGUAACUAUUCUAAAUAUAGACUAUUUUGACAAUAUUAGAAGACCACCUUUUUAAAAAAUGUACAAAAUAUUAUUAUAAUAGGAAAUGUUUUAAGGGAGCAGUAGGUUUUGUUUAUUCCUUUAAAAAUUAAUAUCUGUGAUAAUAAUUUGGAAUUAAAAGACUUGAAGUCUUAAUUUAACUUAUGUAUGUUUAUUCCAAAAGCAGUUUUU